AAUAGUCCGAGGACAAAGCUCUGAUUAGCAUCAGAUUUAUUAUAUUGUUAUUGCAUAUCAUACUUUAAAAACAUACAUACACAUACACAUACAUUCACUCACAUUGAAAAUGCAAGACGAAGAAAGAUACAUGACAUUGAAUGUGCAGUGGGAGAAAAUGAAUUCAAUCCAAACAUCCCAACUUAAAUCUAAAGAUUCUUCUGUGAUGUUGCGCUGGUAUAAAAUCUUGUUGGGAAUAUCUGGAACAGUAAAUGGUAUUCUGGUUUUGACUUUGAUCUCCCUGAGUCUGUUGGUUUCUCAAGGAGUGUUGCUAAAAUGCCAAAAAGGACAUAAUUCAAAUGUCAGCCAACAUGGUGAUAUGGGAAACCGGAAAAUGAAUAGUGAGGCACGAGGAAAUAUAAGUAAAAAAGAUGUGGACCACUGUGUUUCAAGAGCUACAGGAUUGUGCCCAUCAGAAUGGCUCAAAUAUCAAGAAAAGUGUUAUUGGUUCUCUAAUGAGUUGAAAAGUUGGAGUGACAGUUAUGGGUAUUGUUUGGAAAGAAAAUCUCACCUACUAAUCAUUCAGGACCAACUUGAAAUGACUUUUAUACAGAAAAAUCUAAAACGAUCAAACUACGUGUGGAUUGGGCUUAACUUUACCUCGCAGAAGAGCACAUGGACCUGGGUGGAUGGUUCUCCAUUAGAUUCACAGAUAUUCUUCAUAAAAGGACCAACUACAGAAAACAGCUGUGGUGCCAUCAAGGAAAAGAAAAUUUACUCUGAAGCUUGCAGCAGUGUUUUCAAAUGGAUUUGUCAAUAUUAGAAUUAAAAAAAAAUUGAUAGUGGAAUAAUCAAUGAUAAAGGUUUUUGCCUGUUAAGCUCUAAUAUUAAUCUUCAGGAAUAAGAAUUUAAAACUGCAAGUAAACACCAAAAUAUCUUCUCCAUUUUCCCUCUAUCAUCUACAUUGGUCCUAGCUUCAGAGUAACCACGUUAACAAUUUAAAGUAUACCUUUUUGGCUGGCCGAGUGGCUCAGUUGAUUAAGAGUGCAAGCUCUGAGCAACAGGGUCACCAGUUUGAUUCCCACAUGGGCCGGUGAGCUGCGCCCUAGCUGAGUUGUUGCUGGGCUGGUGAGAACGCGUGCUUUUAGCAGCAAGGUUGUCGGUUUGACACCCAUGUGGGAUAGUAGGCUGCGCCCCCCCCACAACUAAGGUUGAAGAAGGCACCUUGAGCUAAACAGCCGCAAGCUGCUGACAGGU